CGGAAGAUGGCGCCGUGGUUUCCGGAACUUCUUCCGCCCCGCUGGGCUUUUGCUUUCUUGGGCUGGUGUUGAUUCAGUGUCUGCUUGGCGUGGCCACUGCUGUCGCUAUGGAGACAGCCGGCCUGGCCCGUGGGACCGGGCUCUCUACACAAUGCAGAGACGUCUUCAUCUGCAGAGACGAGGCCCUGACGGGGUGGGAGGCCGUUUCCAUGCGCUGCAAGGAGGCUUCCACGUGCAGAGAGGACGCCUCGAGGACGCGAGGGAGCCGCUUUCCUGACGCAGGCGGUCCCCACCCCGGGCGAAGACUGCUUGUCCCCUCGAGUUGAGGCCAUUCUGCCAGGCGUGAGGGGGCCAGGGAGGCCUCUGGGCACCCCACACACCAAUGGUCACCGCAGGCAAAAGAGAGGAAAACCACUGUGCUGCCACAGGCGGGAGCGCCACGACACGAUGACAUGGAAGCACCAUGGUCCUUCGAAGGCUACACUGGGCUUCUGCCCCUGGGUCGCUCCCAAGGCCGGGUCCCCACCCCCUGCCGGUCGGGAGCCAGCGGGGUUGGAGCUGGCCGGGGACGGGCGGAGCCUCCCCGCCCCAUAUCCCACAAUGCCCCGAGACCGGAAGAGGGAGCCGUGGUUUCCGGAACUUCGCUAGCCGCUCCGGGCUUCUGCCCUGUUGGGCUGGUAGCGAGUUGGUGUCUCCGUUUGUUAUGGUUGCCGCUGUCGCUAUGGAGACAGAUGAUUCUGGAAAUCGACUUCGGUUUCAGUUGGAGUUGGAAUUUGUGCAAUGUUUAGCCAACCCAAAUUACCUUAAUUUUCUUGCCCAGAGAGGUUACUUCAAAGACAAAGCUUUUGUUAAUUAUCUUAAAUUGCUUUACUGGAAAGACCCAGAAUAUGCUAAGUAUCUAAAGUACCCUCAGUGUUUACACAUGUUAGAGCUGCUCCAAUAUGAACACUUCCGAAAGGAGCUGGUGAAUGCCCAGUGUGCGAAAUUUAUUGACGAACAGCAGAUUCUGCACUGGCAGCACUAUUCCCGGAAGCGGAUGCGCCUUCAGCAAGCUUUGGCAGAGCAGCAACAGCAAAAUAACACAUCGGGAAAAUGAAACACUGGAUACAGACGAGGCUCCGAAGACAUAGUACAGUGAAGACAAAAAAAAAAAAUGACAACUCUUCCUAUCAAGUUUUAUUAUGGUAGCCCCUAGAACCUUUAGUGUGCUUUUUAAUCCAACUAACUUUUUAUUGUCAAUAGACCAUAACUGCUAAACCGGAA